AUGCAGAAAACGCUCAAAAAGGAGCUCAGCUUCUCGCUGGACACAUUGGAGCGCUAUCGGGCCAAGUACGGACGCAGCGCCUCACUGGACACAAAUGGCCACAGCAGCAGUACACAGACGGAACACAGUCUGCCACAGACAACAGCAACAGCUGCGUCAACUCCAGCCAAAGUGCGAUCGCCUCCGCCGUCGUUGUUCAAGGCAUAUUCGCCGCCAAAGAUGACCAAACUGCAAGAGCUCCAGCAGAAGAAGGAGGCGUAUAUGCGAGCCCGUGAACACGAGCGUGAAAUGGAGCAACUGCAGCGUGCCGACAAGAAAUCCAGUCUAAGCAGCAGCAGCAGUGCCAGCCUGGAUGCCACAAAGUCCAACAGCAGCAGCACAGCCAACACAUCAAGCACUGCCACAAAUGGCAGCAGCAGCAACGGCAACAGCUCGACAACUGAUGCCAAGGGAAGCGUCUCCUCCUCCGCUGCAGCUGUGGCUGUGAGCAAAACAGCAGCGGGUUACAGCAACUGGAGCAGCAAUCAUACAACACUUAGCUCGCAGCCUUGGUGUGCGAUCAGUGAUCUCAUGUAUUUCUGCGACAAAUACGAGUUCAAGACGCUCAGCACACGUGACCUGAAGACACAUCAGGAGAUUGUUGGCGAGGUGCGUGCUCUGUUAUGCGGCAAAGCGCCAUUUGAUCAACGCACACGCUUUCCGGGUAACAUUCACGAUCCGGAGAAUCUCUGGGUGUGCAUUGGACGCUGCGCCAGCGUUGAAUAUCAUCUGCAGCGCAUCAUUAGCAUCUUUCGCAAACCGUUGAAUCAAUUGACGCCGGAUAAACAGCGCGCGGUGCGUCAGAACUUUCAUCUGGCGGUGAGUGAGCUGCGUCUGGACAUCUCGGCGCGGAUCAGUGAGGUGCGUCUGUAUGAUCGUUUGGUGUUUGAGCGCGAAUUUCGACUGGAGUGGCAGGAGGAAUCCUAGAAGAUGAGCAAGCAGCACAAUUUGCGGGAGGGAAUCGAAUCACAAGAACAUGGACAAACAAUUUAUUUGACAUCAACAGUUUUUUCUUUGGUUAAUUGCUAUUUGUCUUUUUUGGUUUCUGUGGUGCGCUGUGGAAAAUGAUUACAAAAAUACACAUCAAGGAUUUACAUAAAUACGCAUACAACAUACAUACAUGAUUGGAGUGUGUGGUCCUUUGGAAGUUUUUGUGU